AUGUCUCUUCUCGACAUGCAGCUUCCUGUUGCCUUUGGCAUAACCCUUCAGAGCCUUUUAACUUGUAUUGCACAAGGGGCCUUAAUCGCGACUGGAUCAGGCUACAUGUCUGUCAUAAUUCCCUUCUGCAUUGUCGCAGUAUGGAUAAUCCAGGCUUUCUACUUGCGUACUUCACGACAGAUUAGACUCCUCGACCUGGAAGCAAAGGCUCCUCUUUACGCCCACUUUAUAGAAACCACAGAGGGUCUAAGUACUGUGCGUGCACUUCAUUGGCAACGCCAGUUUGCAAAUCGAAAUACCGAGCUUCUUGACACAUCCCAGAGACCAUUUUACACCAUGUAUUCCAUUCAGCAGUGGUUGCAAGUUGUGUUGGACCUACUUGUUGCAGGCCUUGCCACCGUUCUGGUUGCACUGGCUGUUUUCGUGACAAAGCAAAGUAGCUCUGGAGCUGUCGGCGUUGCCCUUGUGAACUUGCUUUCAUUCAACUCAACGUUGACAUUGUUGAUCAACAACUGGACACAGCUUGAGACUUCCCUAGGCGCAAUUGCAAGAGUCAAGCAAUUCGUGACUGACCCACAGCUACAACCUAUUGCUAGAAGAGAGAUAACUUGUCCGAAGGGUUGGCCUUGGAAAGGCCGAAUGGAAUUCCGAAGGGUUACUGCCUCAUAUGGGGGGCAUGUUUCCGACCCAGUCGUGAGGGAUAUCUCCUUUACACUGGAGGGCGGACAGAAAAUUGGCAUUUGUGGGCGAACUGGAAGUGGGAAGAGUUCUUUACUUGCUUGUAUAUUCUCUCUCGUGACAAUCACGUCUGGCGAAAUCUACAUCGACGGCAUCGACAUCUCAACCGUUCCCAAAGAGAAGCUCCAUUCUGCAUUAGUCCCAAUAUCUCAAAAUCCCCUAAUACUUCCCGGUUCCGUCCGUGAAAAUAUCUCCUUGGGAAUAUCAUCGGCAAUUGAUGAUUCGGAGAUGAUGUCUGCCCUGGAGGGAGUCGGGCUUUGGAAUCAGAUUCGCGACCAUGGUGGCCUGAGCGCAAACAUCGAUUCAACGAAUCUGUCCAAUGGCCAAAAACAGAUCUUCUGCAUUGCCCGUGCUAUUUUAUCACCUGGUCGAAUUGUCAUCAUGGAUGAGCCUACGGGCGGGUUUGAUGAACACACCGAGAGAUUGGCCACAGAACUUCUUCGUGAGCGGCUGAAAGGACGAACUAUCAUCUCGAUUGCCCAUCAAAUCAAUACUGUGAUGGACUCGGAUUUGGUCAUGGUCAUAGAUCAAGGCACAGUAUCUGAAAUGGGAGCACCGCGAGAACUUUUGCGUAGGAGAGGCAUGUUUUGGCAGUUGUUCCGGGACAUAAAGCGUGUCUAA